UUUCCUGUCUAUCGCUUGAGGUUAAAGUUCGUAGGUUAAAGGCAAACCACGCUUCUCCACAUGCACAGUUGAUUUGUGAAGCUCAUUUGCUAUGAAGUGAAAUAUACAACACUGAAAUGGGAAAGAAUAAAAAGAGCAAAUCCAACGAGUCGGGAAAACAAGCAGUGAAGGCCGGACAACGUCCAAGUGACAAGAAGCCCAAACGCGAUGGAAAACCUAACCAAGCCAAAGAGGAUCACCUCAAGCACAUCCCGUUCAGACUCCGAGAGAUCAUGAAGAGCAAGGACAGGAUGAAAUCUGGACCCAACAGAGUUCAAAAGCUACAGAAAGCUGUUUCCCACAAAGGUAAACCCGGGGAUUCCCAGGGUGGAGAUAUACCUGUCCCACACUUCAAAAGGGGAAAGCGGGAAAGUGUGAAAGCAUACCUGAGGCGCAUGGAUAAUGAGACAAAACACGUCCUCUUCCUCACCAAGAACCAAGUGGAGAGGAAGCCUGAGUUGGAAGAAGAGAAACAAGAAAAGCCCGCAGACAAGGGCAAGUCUGAGAAAAAGAAGGAGUAUGAUAAAAUCAGAGUACAGAGGCUUCACCAGAAGAAGUUGAACAAACAAGAGGACCUCAUGGAAAAAGAGAUGUUCAUAGAUGAUAUUCCAUUUGGUGAAGUUUCAAUGGCCCCACCUUCUUUCAGCGCCAAACCCAAGAAAGCUCCAAUCAAAGCUCAGGCAUCAAAGCAGCUGCUUCUUCACUCACUCUUGGGCAACAGCACAGCAUCUACAGCCAAGCCCUCCAUGGCCCGUCAGAGAAUCAUGGAGGAAGAGAGGCUGCGAGCAGUGGAGGCCUACCGUCAUCUUAAGAAACAGAGACAGCUACAGCAAGAAGCCAAGACUGCCAACCUGGAAAAACUCAAAAAUCUAAAGUGACGUUUUUUUAAAUGUCCCGGGGCUUCACUCAAGAACUGAGAGGGAUCAUCAGAUAAUCACCAGCAGACUGACUUUACGUGUUCCGUUACUCUGGAGCUGGUGUGUUUGCGGAAGAGCUCACCACAGUGUAGCUUACCUAUGGGCAAAUGAGCAAACAUUUGCAUCCACAGGCCACAGUGAGAGGGAAGUCAUUUGAGUGUCUGCUGUGGUUCCACUAGAUGGCAGUACUCAUGCAGAAAGCUGGUUUUCAUUGAGUUGCUGACGGAACAUUUGGACCCUUUUUAAAGUUUUAUUUGCAUUCAAUGAAAACAAUGUGUGUACAAUAAUGACUACUGUGUUUAACCAUAUUUUCCUCUGAAUGGGAAAAAAGCAGGAUUUGUGUAGAAAAAGUAAGAUAAUAAACAAAGUCAGGAGAAUCAUCUCACGAUGGAGGCUACUUUGAAACUUUUGUGGAGCUUAUGACUAUAUUGUCAACAGAAGGAAUUUUUUAACUGAAUUGUAAAUUCUCCAAAUGAGCGCUGUCAUGCUCUUCAUGCAUACUAAUUUAAAAGAUGAGGCAGAAACAGCUGUUGAGAAAACAAUCUCACUGGCACAGCUAUUUAUAAGCAUUUAUAGAUUUUACAAAAUCUUUGGAUAUAUUUCACAACCUCAGUUUUCAAAUUCAAGAUACAUCUUUUGAUGUUUUGAUAUUUAAACAAGCAUUAAAAGAAGUGAAAAAAUUGUUUUACUCUGUACCCCUGCUUGAGCCCGAGUCCUUGGAUAAAUAAAUCACAUCAGCCUUUUUAAA